CGUAGUGGGUCUGGCCUCUUUGUUAUAUAUCGAUAUUCCACGCAGCGUAGGCGCCACUUUAUCUUCAUCAAAGCAUCCCACGCGCAGCAGCGGCAGACCCAUCUCCAAGAUAGAAAGGAAAUUUCCAUUCGAAGCGAUUAGGAGAUGGCAAAAAGUUACUUCAAGCAAGAGCAUGAUCUCGAGAAAAGGCGUGCUGAGGCUGCUAGAAUUAGGGAGAAAUAUCCAGACAGGAUUCCUGUGAUAGUAGAGAAGGCUGAGAGAAGUGAUGUCCCGAACAUUGACAAGAAGAAGUACCUAGUCCCAGCGGACCUGACUGUGGGGCAGUUUGUCUAUGUUAUUCGCAAGAGAAUAAAACUAAGUGCUGAGAAGGCUAUCUUCAUUUUCGUGGACAAUGUCCUCCCUCCUACAGGUGCGGUGAUGUCGACAAUAUACGAUGAGAAGAAGGAUGAAGAUGGAUUUCUAUAUGUUACAUACAGUGGAGAGAACACAUUUGGAGUCGAGAUUCUGCAUUAGCACCCCAACCAUGCAUAUAUAAUGAUGAACUCGUGUUUUCCUUUUCUUCGUUGAUGCGUCUUCGCCUUAGCUUUUUUCCAUUCUUGCAUCCAUGUUAUUGCGAUCCAAUUGCAGUAUAUGCCCAUAUAAGACCCUCAUAGGUGAUUAAUUUGUACAGUGUGCUGUACAUAGCUUUCAAAGGGAUUCCAUAAAGAUGUUAAAAACCUGCUAAAGUUGCUUCAAAUGAUCACUUUUCUACUUGUUUC